AUGGGUAGCUCCACGGAUACAGCCACUGAGGAUGGGGUGCCAACCUACUCUCGGACGACGGAAACGGAGACGACAACAGCAACCUCAUUACAAUCACUUAAGCCAUCAAGUCAUAUACAAGACGAAGAAGCAGAAAAGAUACAGACCGAAGAGGUAACAAUCUACAAAGGAGAAGAUCUCCUCACCAGGUUCUAUGGGCAUACCUAUCACCGAAAUUUCUAUCAGCAGUUUGACGAACUACGACCCUACAUCCAGAGACUUAAGGCACAGUGCCCAAGCAUCAAUAGGCUCCGAGACGAAAUCCAGUCCUUAAAAGUCAAUGCCCAUGGCCUAAAAUUUCAAUUAGACAGCGCCAGCGUGGUGUCUGACCUCCACAUAAAGAGCCUGAUCCCUGCCCGAGAAGUAGCGGACGAGUUGAUUAGCAUGUACAUCACCCGUUUCGAAGCCACACAUCGCGUUAUCCAUAUUCCCACUUUUAUCGAGACAUACAAACGGUACUGGAACAAUCCGCAAACAGUACAGACUGCUUCCGUCGCUCAAUUCUUGCUAGCGAUGGCGACGGCGCUAAGUUGCCGUGAACUUCUGAGGUGGGAUCUGAAAAUCGGGGACAAAAGCAUGGCAACCCGCCAGGCGGCAACUACAUGGAUACAAGCUUGUGAAUCUUGGAUCUCCUCAAACACAACAAGACCGCUAUUUCGUCGUCUCUCGAUGAUGGCGACCAACUGCCUUCUGGUAAUUGCAAAAAGAGCAAAUAACAUUCAAAGAAACGAGAACUGGACAGCGACAGGUGCGUUGUUAAGGUCGGCAAUGGCUGCCGGGUACCACAGGGAACCGGAUGGUCGAGCCAACAUUACCGUUUUCUAUCGAGAAAUGCGUCGUCGCAUUUGGGCUACUGUUGUCGAGCUUGAUCUUCAAGCCGCAAUAGAACGCGGAAUGCCACCUAGUAUACGAGAGGACGAUUUCGACUCGAGGGCUCCAUUGAACAUAAACGAUGAUGCAAUUUACGAGUCGGCAACAGAGGCCCCAGUAGCAUUGCCUCUCCAAUCUCUUACAGACACCUCUUCUCAAGCAGUUGCUUACCGCUCAUUAGGACUUCGAUUGAGAAUAUGCGCUCUGAUUAACAACUAUCCGCACAAAGCAGUUGGGUCCCAAUUUGACGAGGUAUUUUCUCUUGAUAAGGAGGUCAUGAAAGCGCUGAGGGAAAUUCCAUUGACCUGGAUCGUCGGUUCGGUCACAGAAGAGUGGCAGACGCAGAGGCCUUUGUAUGUAAGAUCGAUGUUAGAUAUCUUACUUCGCCACCAGCUGGUUCUACUCCAUAUGCGCUUUGCCAACCAGAGCGAACAUUUUCCUGAGUCUUGCCACUCACGGCGAGCGAGACUGGAGGCAGCGACAAGCAUCCUAAGUCAAUUCAAAACCCUUGUGGAUAACGGGAUUCUCCCCCGAUCUGGCUGUGAUACCUAUCAGUUUCAAGCCGCCAUGACUGUUUGCCAUGAACUAUACCUGAGACACGAGGAUUCCGCAUCUGUUGCGACGGUAUAUCCUGGAUCAGGCUUAGCCGAGUGCUACAUUUCUAUGGCCGAGGAUGUGUUAUCGAUGAUGGAAAGCCGCAUCACCAUUCUCGCAAAGGGACUCAACGAAUACUACCUGCUCACCAUGGUACUUGGUCUGGUCAAGACGAGGUUGUGGACGGACCGGUCCUCGUUUUUCAAUUCGGAGGCCGUCGAGAGGAUCACAAGGAUCAUGAUUAUCCUUGGCUCAAUACGCAAGCCGACAAGGAGCAACGGUCCAAAUCCUGCAGGAUCUGUCCUCGCCUCCGACCAGAUUUCCGGUGGUGAAGUGGAAGGGACCAUCACAAGCCUCCCGGAGUCAUUCCUCAACGACGAGAUGGAAAUGCUGGGCUCUGUGUGUACGCAAGACUUCGACCUCUUUGUGGACGAGUAUGACCUUCAGGCCUUUGAUCCGUGGGCGGCUGAUGAAGGCACUCCGAUCGUGAGGAGUCGGGACUUUGACUAUACCACAGCUGUAUAG